AUGAGUGCACCCAGGAAACGAGAGAUUAUGAAGACAUAUUUUACCAAGAGAUAUGAAAAAGUAUUGGAUUCGUUGAUGGUUGCUGAUACUACUGCAGCUGUAGCAACAUUGGUAAACGGUGAUUCGAAAAGAGCAAGUGGUUUGCCCAAUCUAGAAGUGGUUCAUGGUGUGGCUAGUUCACUGUUCAACGCUUCCCUGGAGAAAUUGAAACCCAAUAAAGAUAAAGAGGAUCUAACUUUGGAAAAGGCUACAGAGAGUUCAGAUGAAUUUUGGAAAGAUGAGAAUUUUAAACAAGAAAUCCAUAGUGAGUCACCUAAUUCAUAUAUUGAAACAGAUCAAGAUCAGGAUCAAGAGGCUAGCAAGGUAGAAGCAAAGACGAGGCAACAUUUUAUAGACAUUUUUGUGGAGAAAUUGAUUGCUAAAAUGGUACCUGAAAGAUUACCAGAGAGAGAGCGUCUUUUCCAGUCUAAUUCUGAAGAUGAAAAACUUGGAUAUCAAACUGUGUCUGCUACGAAGCUGACUCAAAAUUUGAAAGAUCUUAGCGCCAAGACGGGAGGAAUGUUUGAAACUCAGGAUACAAUCGUCAGAUUACUCACAUGGAGAAAUCCGUCUGGUACGAUAACCAUGCUAAUUCUAUUGACGAUGAUUUGUUUUAAUCCAAUGUGCUUCCUUGUGUUCCCCUUGCUUUAUAUCAUGUAUGCAAUGAUGGUACCUGGUUACAUGAGAAGACAUCCGCUAAGAAGAACGUUAUAUCCAAUAAGAAGAGCGAAUGGUAAAUCGUUGCUCAGAGAAUUGGCAAAUGGUGGUAUUCCUAAGAGUUCACAACCUCCCUAUAGUUUUGAUCUGUAUAGGACAAAUUCUGAUUCUCUAAAAGAUGAAAACGUUAAUAAUGGGGCAGAACUCGUUGCUAAUAUUCGAGAUUUCCAAAAUGCGACUACAUCUCUUUUAUCAUUCUUAAGUUCUUUGGAAAAAUUUAAGUAUGGAACUGCAGGUUUUAAAGAUGAAAGGUUUUCAACGCUCGUAUUUUUGGCAUAUUUUAUUGGAUUUUGCAUUUUAGGUUUAGUAUCACCAUACAUUAAUUGGAGUUUAGUUAUUAGUUUUGCAUUAUGGUUUGGUAUGCUCGUUAUUCACCCCAAAACUUUACCAAGGAUUAAAAAACACAUUAAUACCAAUCCAGUUCAUCACAGUAAGAGGACCAUUCGAGAUUCAGAGAAAUACGAUGUCAUUUUAGAUGAACCUCCAGAAGUUAGGUUUGUAGAAAUUUUUGAAAUUUAUGAACAAGGAAUAACUCCAAGACAUUGGGAAUUUUUCAAAAUUUCUAGCCAAGUAUUUGAUUCAUCAGAUAAGUUUAGGAAAUUACAGAAGCCACCACCUGGAGUGGAUAGUUUGAGUGAAGUUUUGCCGCCCAAGACAUGGUCCUUUGAUGAAAAUUCACAAUGGGAAGUUGACUACGAUGCGGAGAAGUGGGCAUUCGAACGAGGUCUGCUGUUACCAAUACAAGAAGAAUUUUUAACAGAUGACAUGUUCAAAAGACGAAGGUUAACUCGUAAAGUCCUAAGAUAUGCUAAUCCGAUAAGAAAACCUUUCUAUAAAUAUAAAUGA